AUGCCUUCCAAAUCUGUCGCUACCAAGCCGCCUGCCUCUGGCUCCGAAGACGAGAUUGGCCCAUCCGACCAGGAAAACCCGCGACCCGCGCCUCCCAAGAUCAACCGCACCCCUGAACCCAUCAUGGAGCCUGCGCCAAAGCCCAAGCAGAGGAAGAGAGUGCUGAAGAAGGAUCUUGUCGCAAAGAAUGCCACUCCUGCGCAAGAGCCCGAACCCGUCCCUGAACUCGAGUCUGUACCUGCGCCUGUGCCCGCGAAGAAGACGACCAAAUCUACCAAGGCCAAAGCUGAAGCAGGAGAAGUGAACGAGAAGCCUGUCGCAAAGUCAAAGCCCAAAACCAAACGCGCGCCCUCUCCUGAACCCGCCCCAGUCAUCCCAGAGACGCAACCCGAACCCACGGAGAUUGACCAGUCUAUUGUCGAAGACGAGCCUCCAGUCGAUCUUAUGGACAUCGACAGAGAGCCCUCGCCUCCACCACCACCACCACCACCACCACCACCGAAGUCACAUACCCGACAACGCUCAGCCUCGAUUCAACGACAAGCCGCUCCUGGCGCUGUCUACUCACGCGCACGCUCAACGUCAAGACAACCAGGCACAUAUUCGCGAGGGCGCAGUGCCAGCGACACGGAGAGAAGAGUCGCAGAGUCAGAAGCAAAUCGCAGACUGGCAGACAUGACCAAAAAGUACGAAGAAAUGCGCAUGAAGUACGACUCUGAACUCGCCGAAUUACGCAAAACCUCAUCAGCCACCAUCAGCGAAUCCGCAAAACUUCAGUCUCAAGUCGCAGCCUUGACGGCAGAAAACGACAAACUCAAAGAAGAGCACAAAGCCACCGUCACAAGCCUCACAGAAUCACAGAAUGAAUCCAAGGCCUUGACUGCCAAACUCGAAGCCGCGAGAAAGACGAACGCCGCCAGCGACAAAGUGCCAGGGUCUGCCGUCAAGAAGAUUGAGCAUGGCAAGACGCAUGGCGCCAGUGCCGAGAGUGUCAAGGAGAAUGCAUUGAAGGAGGAGCUGUACCGCGACUUGACCGGCCUGAUCAUCACAAGCGUCAAACGCAAAGACGGCGAAGACGAGUACAGCUGCAUCCAAACCGGUCGCAACGGCAAGUUUGCAUAUGAACCUUUGCUCGAUGCCAACAGAGAUGCGGAUUUGAUGGACAUACUACCCGAUUACCUCACCGAGGAGAUUUGCUUCCCGAGGAACCAUGCCGUCAAGUUUUAUACCAAAGUUGUCGAGAGCAUGACCAAGAGGGUUGUCGUUGAUGAAGAUUGA